UAUUCUAUAUCGGAAUUGAUCGCGUUGAUACGUUCAAAGUCAGUUUAUGAUAGGCCAUUUAAAAAGAUUUCACAACAACCUCAUGUUAUCAUUAUUGCACCAACUUUAGAAUUACCUUCUUUAAGACACUUUUUAAAAGAGUUUUAUUCUUUGGCGCAUGGUCCUGCGACGGUUAACACAAAGGUGGUGAUAUUAAACCCUAUGGAUCCUACAGAUCGCGUGAGAACAUUCCUUUCUGAUCCCGUCUUUGCACAUCGCGUACAAUAUAUUCGUGGGAGUUCACUUGAGGCGCGUAGUCUUGAAAAGUCUAAUGCAAAACAUGCGUCUGCAUAUUUUAUUUUAGCCAAAAAAUAUACUCAACAAAGUGAAAUAAUAGAUGCAGAGAAUGUAUUGAAAGCAAUCGCAUUGAGAAAAUUCGACCAGGGACCGAAGCUUUAUAUUCAAUGCAUUUUGCCAGAGAAUAAAGUUCAUUUUGAGAGCUUAAAUCCCGAACAAAUAAUAUGUAUCGAUGAGUUAAAACUUGCUAUUCUUGCACAUUCAUGUCUUACUCCCGGUUUCUCGACUCUUUUGUAUGGAUUAACUACUUCGUUUACAUUUGAAACUGCACAUGAGUUAAGAGCUAGAUCCAAGAAAAUGAAAGAUUCGGAAUGUAUUGACACUGACACUAUUGAAGAUUAUGUUACUGGGCUUUCACAAUCAAUAUAUACGACCACUUUAUCCGAAUUUUUCUCAGGAAAAACAUUCCUAGCUGUUGCUGAGCGGCUUUAUGAAAGUUUGGGUGUAGUUUUGUUUGCUAUUGGGAUUCCAAAACAACGUUCAAUUAGCAGGUAUACAAAUCAUUGGAUUUAUGGUCAAAAUGAGGAAGAAGAGGAGGAAGAUUCUAAAAAUUAUAUGGUUUUAAUAAAUCCUGGGGAUUAUGUUGUGAAAGGUGAUGAGAUUGGAUUCGUCAUUGCAUUAGAUGGUUCUAUAGCAGAUGGCGUUUCUUCUUAUAAAGGUCAUAAUGGAAAUCCAAGAAGUAGUGUUAUAUCACCUGAAAGACAUGGGCAAGUCCCACCAGAAAGACAACCAUUAUUAUCUGCUGAUGGAUUUAAAAACAAUUCAGGCGGAGGAUAUUUUGAUUUAAAAAAAAAAGCAGGUCCAGCUACAACGCCUGAUGGGCAGCAUGAGUAUCCACAUAGACCUGAUUCUUCAGUUUCACGUCGUCAUCGUGCACUGUCAACACCUCUUGCUUUAAACGAUGAACAUCAAGCUCGUCAUCAUCCUUCACAUCAUCACACCAUCGAUCCUAUUUCCUCCAGUGCCUCUCUCGCACACGAUGUUGAACAUCCAAACUCUAUUGUUGAUGUUUUCACCGGUCAUAUUCUUUUAUGUGAUUAUUCACCAACCAUAUUUCCACGUAAUCUUGAUUGUUUCGUUAGCCCGUUACGUAAGUCUUACUUAGAGAAGAUAACUCCUAUAGUAAUUUUAUCAUUGGUAAGGCCAAGUCAAAGUCAAUGGAAAAUUCUGAGUCAAUUUGAUCAAGUUUAUUUCGUGCAAGGAAAUCCAAUGACAAGAGAAGGAUUGGAACUUGGAAGAGUGAAACACGCUAAACAAGCUGUCAUUUUAACAGAUUCCACCAGAAUUUUAAGGAAUGGAGAAAAAACAGAAGACGCAUCGUCAAUGUUAGUCUAUUUGAACAUUAAGGCUAUGUGUAAGGCAGACAUUGAUGUUUUUGUAGAAUUUGUUCAUAUGGAUAAUAUGAAAUUUAUGUCUGAGGACGCAUCAGCAAUCGAUAAGAACAUGCGAGCACAUCAUUCACCAGCUUUUAUGGCUGGUACAUGUUUUACUUUAUCUAUGUUGGAUAGUAUUAUCUGUCAAUCAUUUUAUCAACCACACCUCGUAGCGAUAAUUCAUCAGUUACUUUUUGGCGCUCCUCCAUUACACCUACCUUCUGGGGCUACAUGUCCUGCACCUGCUCAUUCACAUUGUUUUCAAAUCCCUAUUCCACAGGCAUAUAUUGGAUUUCAAUAUGGUGCAUUAUUUAAAUAUUUUUUGGAAGAAAAAAAGGUUAUACCUUUAGGAUUGUAUCGAACUAGGAAAAUGAAAACUUCCAAUGAUAAUAUAAAAUCAACUAAAUAUGUUUAUACCUGUCCUAGGUAUAAUGUAUAUUUAAGAGAUGAUGAUAAGGUUUUCGUAUUAAGCAAAAGAAUGCCUGUUUGUUAA